AUGGAUGAAGAUAAGACCUUUGUUGCCAUUUCUUCAAACAGAUAUUCUCCAGAAAUGAAAGAAACGCUUUAUGAAAUUGGUCUUUUGUAUGAAGAGUUUGUUGUUGGAUACCUUGGCCCAAGAUUCACUAAUUAUGCAGAACAGACCCUUCAUUAUCGAUUACAAAGAGGAAAAAACAUUGUUAUUUUUAAUUGGAAACAAAACUAUUAUUACGAGACUUCCAAUUACUUUACAAAGGAUUUUCUCGCAAAACAAUUUAAUUCUACCGAGUAUAUAUCUCGAUUUAAAGAAAUUUUGGAAGAUAUCAGAAAUGAAAAACUCAAACCCGUCUUUGCAUCAGAACCUAUACCAGAAAUAAACAAUACUCUGCAGAAAAUUGUUGGAAAAACCUACAAAAACUUCAUAAAUGAUGAAGAAAAAGAUGUCAUUGUUUUGUAUACAAGAGAAGGCUGCGAACAUUGUGCAAACUUCUUCCCUGUAUUCCAAAACUUUGCUUCUGAGUGUUCAAAUGAAGAUUUUCUCAAAUUUGGAUAUAUUGAUAUCACAAAAAAUAGCUGUGAAGGGGGAUUUCCGUUUAUGGAAGGAGUCCCUCAUGUAAGGAUCUUUCCCAUGCGUAAUAAGCGUGAUGAUGACUCUCUCAGAGAAGGUUUCAAUCGUGAAAGUUUAAUUAGGUUUGUGAAUAUUUGUGGCUCUAAGAAGUUGAGUGUUAAAGAGCCAGAUUUCGAUAGAAAGGCUGUUUCUCAGGAAUUAAUGAAGUUAGUUUACAGAUCUCAGAGUUUUCCUUUAAUUGAAAAAGAAAAACUCAAAAAAUAUUUGCAGAAAGUUCUUGGAACUAAUGAAACAUCUUCAUCUAAUGAAAAUAAUCCUCAAUUUGAUGAAUUGUAA